UCUACCAUUUUCUAUGGUCCAUGCUGGACUGUGCACUGAAUCUAACCUGAGAAACCUGAGAAACCUGAGAAACCUGAGAAACCUGAGAAACAAGAUAAGCGGAAACGAUAAACAGAGUUAAAACAAGGGAAUUAAAUAUCUCAGUUGCAUCGAAUAUUAUUGUAAUUUACUCAUAUUCAAGUCCAAGGACAAAAGACGGUGAAACAAACUUUUACGUUUACGUUACGAUUCCAAAAUGGAAUCUAUACAUCCUGAUGAAAAGCUUAAUGAAACUUUUGACGAUCGUAUUCAGGAAGCCUAUGAUGCAAUAAGAAAUGGAAUCAAAGCUGCUAAUAAUUUGCCUGCUGGAGACAACUUCAACUAUUAUGUUUGCUUUCCAAGUUUUAAUGAGGCAAGGACUAAAGAUUUAAAGAGGAUAUUGGCUACAAUGCAGAUGAUAAUAAAAACAGCAGGAGGUUCCAGCAAUAUUGAAAGCGCAGAUGUUGAUGAUAAGUUCGACCUUUUACAAGAGAUAAAUGAUCAUCUGCUUGACCAAGCUAAUAUAUUAAUGGAUGAAGAGAGUGGUAUUCUACGAAAUCCUCAAGUUGAGUUGGUUGUAUCACAAAUGCCAAAACCGAUAAUGAAUGGCAGUUGGAACAUGAGGACUGAUCGUACUAACGAAGGCUCAGACAGUUCCAAGAAAAUACGAUUACUGGGUGGAAAAAAUAUACAGAGACCACAAUUAAUGUUUAAGGAUAAGAUCAACAAUAAUAGCUCGAAGCCAUGGAUGCCUCGAAUUAAGGAGAAACCGAAUAUGAGGGAACCUUUGGCUCUUUAUGUCACAGAAGGCGAAUGCGGCGAGGUCUAUAAUCAUCCUUACGAAUUUGAGCUGGAUAAUUUUAAUUUGCCCGAAUGCCAAUUGAAGAAGAGCGUACCUGUACAAUACAAGUCACUGGAAAGCACCGAAUUCAAAUUGAUCGAGAAACCGUCUGACAUCGAGAUUCUCCUGAAGGAUCUGAAAAAUCAGAAAGAGAUAGCUAUAGAUUUGGAACAUCACUCUUACAGAACAUUUCAAGGCAUAACUUGCCUUAUGCAAAUAUCGACAGUGAAUACCGAUUACUUGAUCGAUACCUUGGCUCUGCGGUCAGAAUUGCAUCAACUCAAUGAAAUCUUUACAAAAUCUACAAUCUUGAAGAUUUUUCAUGGUGCCGACAUGGACAUUAUGUGGCUUCAAAGGGACUUGUCGCUAUACGUAGUGAACAUGUUUGACACUCAUCAAGCUGCGAAACAGCUCAAUUUGCCCUAUCUCAGUUUGGCCUAUUUGUUAAAUAAAUAUUGUGGCAUAAAUCCCAAUAAACACUUUCAAUUGGCCGAUUGGCGUAUGAGACCUUUACCGGCAGAAUUGAUAAAGUAUGCUAGGGAGGAUACACAUUAUCUACUUCACAUAAAAGAUAUGUUGAAGAAUGAAUUGAUCGAGAUGGCUAACGGCAAGAGUAAUAUCCUGAAGGCCGUGUACGACCGGAGCACCGACCUUUGCAAACAAACGUAUGUGAAACCGAUCUGGACAAAAGAGAGUUGCAUGAACAUUUACAGGAAGAGUCAGAAAUCGUUUAAUAACAAACAGAUGUACGCAUUGCUCGAGUUGCACAAGUGGCGAGAUAUCACCGCGAGAGAGGAGGAUGACAGUAUCGGCUAUGUGUUGCCAAAUCACAUGCUGCUCAAUAUAGCCGAGACGUUGCCGCGCGAAAUGCAGGGCAUUCUAGCAUGUUGCAAUCCGAUACCACCGUUGGUGCGGCAAAACGUACUGAAACUCCACAAGAUAGUGCUGAAGGCCAGAGAGCAGCCUCUUGUAAUGUCUGUUCCAGAACAAGAUAUUCGGCAGAGAUCAACGCAACAGAGUCACGCGGUAGAUUCCGGGAUGUCGUUGUAUACGCCACAUGAUAUACCAAGUGAUACUGAAGCAAGAGCAAAUUUACCCUGUCUUCUGGAUAAAGAUAACUCGUCACAACAAUCGAAGAUGAACCAGCAUCAAACGGUGAAACACAGUAUCACACUAUUUGAUACACCGGUUACAUCAGAGGACGAAGAAACAAAAGAUAGCAAUGGCAAGAAAAAGGCCAUAUUUAUAAGUCCAUAUAUGAGAUAUAAGUGUGUGAUACCAAUGAUAGUGCAUCACGAAACAAAAGAACGAGAGAAACAGCAAAAGGAAAACGAAAAAAAAGAAGAAGAAAUGCGUUCGACUGUAAAUGUCGAAGAGCAACACAUAGAUGAGACUGAGAUUAAUGAGAGUAAAAGUAGAGUUUAUGAACACUUUAAACAAAUAUGUAAAACUACGAAUAAGGAAGUUGCAGCCUUGCCCAAGAAGAAGAAGAAGAAGAAGAAGUCAUGUAAUCAAUUAACCUUAGGUCAAAUGCAUGGCAGAAAAAGAAAGAGAGAAUCUGAUAUUAAAAAUGAGAUUCAAGUGAAGAGAAAUAAUGACUUUUCUACACCGACACCGCCUUUGGAUAUCAAAGUUAUGCACAUGCCUAAAAAAAUAAAACGAGAAGUACAAGAAACAAGCAAAGAGGGGAAAACUCACAAUAAUAAUUCUGAAAUAGUUACAUCGAUAAGGGCUAGGAAAAAGAAUGACAAGAAAAAAAAUCAACAAAUGCUGAAGACACAGGGAAUCAACUCUAGCGAACUGGAAUCCGCUGGAAACUCGUCGCGAGUUGCGCAAGUGGACUGCUUAGGAUUGGGAAAGACGGUCGCAAAGACUCUAGAGAGUUUCUUCAGGAGCAAACCUAACGGUAGUUAUGCACUGGACGUGCGAUUUUUUCUCUCCUCCAGGAGGCAACCGCGUCGCGUGGAAGUGGUAUUAGGCGAGCAGUUCGGCUUGGAGUGGACGGAUUUCAGGAUAGAACGUAGAACGUUGAUAAUAGUACACGGUUUCCUAUCGCACGGCAAUGAGACAUGGAUCAGCGAUAUGGAAAGGGCGCUACUCCAAUGGGGUGACGUUAACGUGGUGGUCGUAGAUUGGAGCGCUGGCAGUAAUACGUGGAAUUAUUAUAAGGCGGCGGUCAACACCAGAAUAGUGGGAUAUCAGAUAUCAAAAUUUAUAGAGCACGUGACGAACGCUACAAUCAGCAACGAAGGAUCGGACACGAGUAAUUGGGGCCCCUUACAUCUAAUAGGGCACAGUCUCGGAGCUCACAUCUGCGGAAUGGCCGCGAAGGAGCUGAAAAAGCGACGGAGCAGAUGGACGGUGCGGAGGAUUACCGGUCUGGACCCGGCGCAGCCGUGCUUCCGCAACGCCGACCCAUCCGUUCAUUUGCAUAAAAAUGACGCUCCGUUCGUCGAUGUGAUACAUACAAACGGCAAAUUACUCACAAGUCUAGGUCUCGGCUUACCCGAGGUUAUAGGUCAUAUUGAUUUCUAUCCCAACGGUGGUAAAACACAACCUGGCUGCGCGAGGACGGAGCCAUCAUACUUCGAUUACUUGCCGAUCUCUACAACCGCGAUACAAAAAGCGAUAUGUAGCCACGGACGUUCCUACGUUUACCUCACGGAAUCUUUAGCAUCUGCUGCUACGCGCAAUUGCAGUUUCUGGGCACAUUAUUGGGAUUUGACGUAUAGGCAUCUCUCGCAAAUAAUCGCCGAACCAUGUGACGCUAAUGUCUGCACGGAGAUGGGUAUUAGAGCAGAGAUGUACAAUCACCGCGGGACCUUUUUCGUGGCUACCGCUAGCACUCAUCCGUUUUGCGGUAAAUAUUAUUUCUUGCGUCAAAUAAUACAAUUCAUAUUUCGUGUGACAUUAUCUUGUUACAGCCAACAGCACUGAUAUUACUGAGGAGGUAAAGAGGCAAUUGCGACAGGAUCAUUCCGGUGAGAUAAUGGAUUGAUUGACAAUAUAUCAAUAGACAACUUAGGUAUCUGUAAAUAAAUGCGUUGUUAGCACAUACUGUAUUGCGCACAUAGUACAUUUAAAUAGCUUCUUAUAUCUAGAUAUUUACAAUUGAAUGCGUUUGCAUGAUACAAAUACUAUAU